UCACCAAAUGCAAAUCAGCCAAGCAUCACAGCAUCCGAACAGACCCGCCAUUUUACAAAACUGGAAAACUUAAAAAUCGUUACCUAACUGUUGUUUCCAAAGUCUUCAAACCCACCAAGUGCAGUAGAGGAAAGCUCAAUAGCAAGUUUAUAUGAAGUUGUAAACAUCCCCUAAAUAGUUGCCUAGCAAAUUACUGUCAAACUGGAAUUUAAACUGAAGCAGUCGGAUGGAAAUCUUGCCAAAGAAGCAUCAAUGUGUACAACAGUCGGUAAAAGUAUAGGAGAAUUCACAUUUAAGCCGUGAAAUUAUGGUCGCAAAAACCUUCAACUAACUUUUGGUUUCGAGUUACAUCAGGAACACAGUGCAGUGAUCAGAAUUUAGAGACGUUUUUCAUGACAAACAGAGUCCUCAAACUUCAAAACAAUACUCCAAUAUGUUCAAUAUUCCCAAGAAAAAAAUCGCGUUGAUAACGAUAAUCAUUGUCRUUUUAGAAGUYGUCGUACUUCGUACCUUCUUUGGCAAAAAGAGCUCCACCUCUACUAAAAGGGUAAAAGCCUACCGCUUACUUUCAGGCAAGGAACUAGAAAAGCACUCUUCAGACAUUUUCCUCAAAGUCUUCCCACAAUUCCGUAAUAAUGGAACAACGUUCAUGGAUACAGAUGAAGAAAACAUUACUUCGGUCAUUUAUCCAGAUUUCGCCGUGCCAGAAAUGUUUGUUUUAUUCCUAGUGACUUCUGUUCCUGAAAACUUCCAACGUAGACACUUAAUUCGUACAACCUGGGCGAAUACUUGGCGAGGGUCAAAUAAGAAUGGUAAAGCUGCACAGUCACUAUAUACAAGACGUGAAUGGCCAAAAUUACGUAGUAAUUGUGUAUUUUUAGUCGGCCUUAGUGGAAAAGAGAGGCUAAACCGACGUAUAGUCCAAGAAGCGUCAGUUUUAGGCGACAUAUUUCGACCUGAAGUUGAUGAAGGGUAUGUAAAUAUUGUUGACAAAGUAUGGAAGGCUUUUGAAUGGACAAUAASUGUCAAAACGAAGUAUGUUUUUAAAGUAGAAGACGGUGUUUAUGUUAAUAUACCAAGAAUGGUUCACUGGUUGCAGACUGAUCGUAAUCUACCUAAAGAGCUCUAUGCAGGCUAUGUGGUAUUUAGACACCCUAUYGAAGGAGAGUACGAUGAACAAGUUGAUGCUGAYGUGGACGGCAUCAUUGAAAACAAUCAAACUAAAGUUGCUGAUAARCUUGAUUUGUCUAAAUACUGUCUGGGAUCCUUUUAUUUGUUUUCUUCAAAUGUCCUUCCACGAUUGGUUAGAAAGGCAAAGGAAACUAAUAAAGUCCAAGCAGGAGAAGAUGCAUUCACAGGUCUCGUGGCACAGAACGCUUACUUGCGWCCGUACAGCGUUGCAAAUGAACUUUUUGURCUYGAUGGCUCGCAUGGAGCGUACGCCAUUGAACUGAAGGAAGAAAAGCUAAAACACACUGUCUGUUUGGGGGACAAAUUUAACGACGAUUUCAUGACACAAAUGCACGAAAGAUAUGUUUAUAUAAGGAAGCGAAUAGAUGGGAAAGUAAAGUGAAAACCGAACAUUAAAACUAAAAUAGUAAUUGCAUGAUGCAUAGCUGAUAUAUAUAUAUAUAUAUAUAUUAUAUUUACUUUUUCACCUUCACUGAGUUACUAAUUUUUGUAAAUUCUACUUAAAAAUGCUCAGUUUUUGCAGUCGUAUAUAUUUCCAACUUUUCCUGUCUAACGUGCAGAUGCCAUAGUACUUCUUUGUAGUGCUAUUACGUCAUAGCUUGAUACAUCAUUGACACAAAGAAUUCUGGGCCAUGUUCAAAAUUAUAUUUUGGGUAAACUUUUUCUAAAAAUAUAUAUAUAAUACGAAAUAAGAAAUCAAUAAAAUUGAUGUAGAAAUAAGAAUCGAUGGAAUUAAAAAAUUGGUGGGAACUAGCGGUAAAC